GCAAAUUGAGUCCUUGCAGAAUUCUAAGCAUCGGAUUAAAAUUUACAAGUUUUAGUAACUACUAUUUUUAAACUUUUUCCCUGAAGGACUGCAUGCAAUUUUUUUUAAUAUUUCAUUGUACCUUAAUGAGCUUUUAGUUUUUAUAUGUUAUUUGUAAUUUCUACUACUGUAUUGUUAGUUUUAAUAUCAGGGGCCCUCUAAAUACCAGCCACGUAGCUGAAUGGGCUACCCUGAAUAAGAAGCGUCUAUCACAUCAUCUCACUCCAGACAAUACUACAAUCUCAACUUUUCGUAAAUACUUAAACUAAUAUUAUUGUUCUUGUUCAUGAUAUACCAUAUGCAUUGUAAGUUUAAUAAAUUUAAAAAAAUCACAAAACAUAUCGAGUCCAGGAGGAGAAGUAAUCGAGGAAAACUGGGUAUGAAGCACGAAUCUAAUCAUGGCGGACAUGAGGAUUUACCGUGUGUUUGGAGGAAUCGCAAUGUUGUUGGCUAUAGCAAUAGCUGUAACUGUAGUGAUUGAUCUGGAACCAAAGAAGAAGAUGAUCCUUUUCAGAGUUCAAUUUCUUUUAGUAUUUUGUUUGGUACUUGGCGCUAUUUCGCGUUAUGUUUGGAUUAAUCUAACUGUGUUACUUCCGAACCGGCAUUCGAACUCAAGAGUGUUAGUCUUCACUCACUGGAUUUUGUACGUUGUUCUCGCUACUUUUCUUGGGCUUGCUUUCUUCAGUUUUGUCAUUGGUCGAAUGCUUAUCAGUGUGGAGCCUUACUUCAUCAACAUGCUGGCAUUUACGUGUCUAGGUCUUCUUAUUUUGAUUUUCUUUAACUUAUUGGUACUAAGCGUUGUUUUUGGAUUGUUACGAAUGUGCAGCUUUAGAAUUCCCAAUCCUGACAAGUGGAAAACCAUAAUAGCUACAACUUUUUCUUUACUUCUUUGCAUACAAGGGUUAACAACGGCUUACAAAGGGCCAAAAAUAAGACGGGUUACUGUUCCUCUUUCUAAACUACCAGCAUCUUUUGAUGGUACUACGGUAGUACAACUCUCAGAUAUUCACCUCGGGCCUUUGGUUGGAUUAGAUACUCUCGAAAGAGUUGUGAAGAUGGUAUCUGCUAUGAAGCCGGAUAUCAUCGUCAUUACAGGAGAUCUGGUGGAUUCUACCGUGGCAAACUUGAAAAAAGUUGUAUUUCCUCUCAAGAAGCUGAGAUCAAAGUACGGAUCAUACUUUGUUACAGGAAAUCAUGAAUAUUACACUGGAGAUACUGAUGCAUGGCUUGAGGAACUCAAACAACUUGGAAUUCAACCUCUUCACAACUCACAUGUUGUUAUUUCAAACAAAGCCAGUCCUGGAGACAAAUUAUAUCUUGCUGGAGUAGAUGAUCCAGAUGCUGACCGUAUGAGGUAUCAGAACCAUGGUAUGAAGUUGUCACAAGCCCUAAAUGGCAGAUCCAGCAGGUUUCUCACAGUUCUCUUGGCACACCAACCAAAGGCUGCCCAGCAAGCAUUGGACCAGUAUCAGGACAUUGAUUUGAUAUUGUCAGGGCACACUCAUGGAGGACAGUUCUUUCCCAUGAACAUACUGAUAUAUUUUUUCAAUCCAUUUUUUGCUGGACUUUAUAAAUAUAAAGAAAGUUAUGUUUAUGUUACUUCAGGAACAUGUUUUGCUGCUGUACCUUUGAGAAUUGGCUCUGUAGGAGAGAUAACUGUGCUUUCAUUAACUAACCCAAAGCUAUGAAUUUCUGUCAAUCAGUUACUUUAGUGGGGAACCAUUUGGGGUAUUUAUUGCAGCUGGAGCAGUGUUAAGAAAAAGUGAAUCACCAUGUUUUUUUGGUAAAUUGGGUUUGUGCAGUUGAUAGUCAAGGUAAAAAGAUUCCUAACUUAAGUCUUUCACCUCCUCCCUUGGAAUCUUUGGCAACAAUGAAGUUUCUCCAUUUAGCCGUAUCCUUGCCACAUAUAAGAUCCUAAGGGUCUUUUACCUGACUGAUAUCCAAUACAAUACUUUUAAUAGUUUAAUGCUUUAUUUGGUAAUACUUGACGAAGUUUCUCAACACUUGCUCACAUGAUGCUUUGGUUCAUCAGUUUUUAUACUCUUAUGUAUCAUAACAUCUUUAAUUAAAGUUUAUUAUUAUUAUCAUUAUUUAUAUUAUUUCUAUUAUUUUUAUAAUUGUAUCAUUAUUUAUUUGACAGUGUGAUUUUAGUCCACUUUACUCGAACUUAUAUGGAUCAAGAUAAUGAUAGUUUGUAAUUUUAUUUAUCAUUUUUGAUAUACUACUGAUUUACUAUUUCAAUGUAAUUAAUAAACAGGUCAACAUAAGCAUACUCUGUAAAAUGCUUCACCUUUUUUUGUCUAAUAAUGAAUAUGUAUUUCAUCUACAUUGUAUUUUCUCAUUCAUCUUUUUAUUCCUAUUUUUGGGUCCUUUUUUGUGCGUGGUUAGAACAAUUCACUUUGAAAGAGUUUCAAGCCUAUCCUUACGAAAAAUUAAAUGAAAGAACCAACAGUA